GAAGGAAGGAAGGAAGAUUACAUCACUCCCAGCCGCCUAGGGCUGAUUUGAUGAACUGGCAGCAUCCAAAUAAUCAAAACAAUCCAUCACAAAAUGUGCAACACCAACAAUGUCCAACUGCCACAUGAAUUGCUGCAUCGUCACAAUGUCUGCACCAAACAGCCCAGGAUAUCUGUCCCGAACAGAUUGCAAGGCAGGGCACUCAAACACAAGGUGGCGCUCAUCCCCAAUAACCUGCUGGGCACAACGCAUGCACAAACGCUGGGGCCGGGGAACCCUGGCCCAGCGGCCCGAGACAUUGGGCAGACUAUGACAACCCAUCCUGAACUUCAACAAUAUACGCAAGCAACGGGCACUCAAAGGCUGCUGUAAGAGCUGGCAAGGGUGGCGCACACAAGCUGGCCUAGUAAACCAUCUGUGAUAUGUACACAAGGUGGCAUUGCUGGACGGGCAGGUCCUAGGGCAAAUGUCAAUGUCAUCCCAAACCUGCAGUGCUUGCGCAUCGAGCAGCUGCAUCACAGCAGCAACUUCUACAGGAACAAGGGUGUCAAACCGAAUAACAAACUCAUACCCAAUCCGGCGCAAGCCCCGCAUGAAGGCCCAAGCCCAAUUCUUAACAUUACGGGUUAUGGCAUCCCAACAAUCAUCAAGGGCCACCUGCCUGUGAAAAUUAUUUGCAGGCAAGGCAGCCAAAUUGUUCCAGAACUUGAUAAUGCGCCGCCACCACACACAAUCAAGGGUCUGCUGAUUCAACUCCUUAAGCAAGAUGGCACCAUGCACAGAGGUGGGGACGCCAGCAAUGUCUCUCAGAAUUUUCAGCUGGUGUUCGUCACUACAGAAGUCGCCCCAUGGUCGAAGGUCGGUGGCCUUGCAGAUGUCAUGCAGGCACUGCCGACAGCUCUUGCCUCGAGAGGGCACAGGGUGAUGACAGUGGCCCCACGGUAUGCUGAGUAUGGCGAUGCUCAUGACACGGGCGUGAGCGUGCCAGUCAUGCAGGCUCAGUACUACCUCUGUCGCAAAGCCGACGUGGACCACAUCUUUGUGGACCACCCCAUGUACUGCCGCACGACGGACAUCUAUGGCAGCAGCAAUGUCAACACCUACCAGGAAGCUGGGGACUUUCCGGACCUGGACAUCAGGUACAGCAUCUUGUGCCAGGCAGCGCUGGCGGCUCCCAUGCUGCUUUGGGAAGCCAGGCCAGGGCCACUGUUGUUCAUUGGCAAUGAUUGGCCCUGCGCGCCGCUCGCGCUGCGCCUGAAGCAUUGCGUACAGCAGGCGGCAGCUGCCGGCAGCUGCCAGCACCAUGCACGCUCAGCGUUCUGCAUCCACAACCUGGCCUACCAGGGCACCAUGCCCAUCAGCGCAUUCCCCCGCCUGUGCCUGCCGGACGCCGCCCUCAUGGGCAGUGAUUUACCAUGCGAAGGAAGACGACACCCGUGUGCUUGGCUGCAGGCCGCCUUGUCUGAGUAUGACAGCAUAUGCACGGUCAGUCCCAACUAUGCUCGGGAGAUCUGCAGCGACGAAGGCAUGGCGUUCGGGAUGCGAGAGGUGCUGUGCAGGCGGGGCGUCAGCGGCAUCAUGAAUGGGUUGGAUACAGUGGAGUGGGACCCUGCUGCAGACGAGUGGCUGCCGGUGGCAGCUCGCCUCCAGGGCCCGAGCGACGCCGCGCGCGGCAAAGCAGAGGCCAAGCUACAGCUGCAGCAGCUCCUUGGCCUCGCCACUGACCCACAGGCGCCUUUGCUGGCGUACGUCGGACGCCUGACGGGGCAGAAGGGCAUGGACGUGCUGCUGUCAUCUUUGCCUCUACUGCUGGGGACGCCGACAAGGCUUCUCGCAGAGCCGGGGGCGAGUGCAGAGGGCGCGGCGGCCGGCGGGCUGCAGGUGGCGCUGCUGGGUACAGGGGAGGGGUGGAUGGAGCGCGCGCUGGCCGCCCUGUCCAGCUCGUUCCCCGGCAGAGCGGCCGGCGUCCCCAAGUUUGACGAGCUGAUCGCGCACCUGCUCAUGGCAGCGGCAGACUACGUGAUCGUGCCCAGCCGCUUCGAGCCAUGCGGCCUGGUCGCGCAGUCCGCGGCCCGCUACGGCGCCAUUCCCAUUGUGACUGCCGUGGGCGGCCUGCGCGACUUUGUCACCCCUGAGGUUGGAUAUCAGAUCCCGCCAUUUGGGCAUGAGGACAAGGGACAAGCACAGCGUGAGGCAGUGGCUUCACUGGUGGCAGUGGUGAAGGCUGCGGUGGCUGAGUAUGGCUCAGAGCAACAUCGGGAGAUGCAGAAUCAAUGCCUUGGUCUGGAUCUCUCCUGGGCAAAGGCUGCAGAGGAGUGGGAGCAGACAUUCUUGAGCUUGGUGGCUGAAACAUGA